UAUAAAUUAUACCUUUGUUUUCCCUCUUGCUAAGUAACUCCUUAAGAAUUAAGCCCUCGGCGUCUGCUGCAGCUCAAGGUUUUGCAGAUUGAAGCUAUUUGGGCCUAAUCUCUGCUAUAUAACAAUGGAAGAGGACAUGGAUACGCCUGAGGAGGUUACUUUAGUCGAGGGUAAAGAAGAGGCAAGUAACCUAAGAAAAACUGAGAGAGAAAAUCAAAGAAGAGUAACUGUAGAAGCAAAGAAAAGACGAAAACAGCAGGCAGCAAAGAAAGAGGAACUCCAACUGCAGCUGAAGGUGACUAACAAAGCUGCAGGAUUAAAUGAAGAAGAUCAGCAGGUGAUAGGUAGCCAUGACAAAUCCAGAUCCAAAGAGAGUUUUGAUCCCAUGUUCGCUGAAGAUAAGUUGAGUUUUGGGAGUGCAAAGAAAGAUGGAAUGCUUCCAGAUAGCAUUGUGAACUUCCUUGCAGGCCGUGAGAAGCAUUUGCAAUUAAGUUUGACUGAAACAGAUGCUAAGCUUGUUGCAUCCACAUUAAAACCUAAGAAGAAAAAAAUGAAGAUAAAACAGAACAGCAAUGGGACAGGCAGGGUUCAAGUGGUAGUUUUGAAGGAUUUGUCUUCAUUAGAACGUGUUCAGAAUGCCAAGCAAUUUUUACAAGAUAGACAAUCACAUGUACAUAGGUCAGCAUCUAUGUUAAAACACUUCAAGGGAUUUCCUUUUCUCUCUAGGAGAGAUCGUGCACAAUAGUUGUCAAUAACUGGAAACAAAUGGGCUUUACCAAAUUUUUAGCCUUUUAUUGAUGGAGGGCCUUUUAAAUUAUGAAGAUUGUAACAUUAGCUAAGUUUUGCAAUUUUUGAUGAUGGUAUAUUGGCCUGCGUUCAGUUUUAUUCUCUGUGAGAUACAGUAUAAUGAAAAUAACUUUCAUGCCUUAUCUUAUUAAGGCUUUGUUAAGGGAAGUCAAGUUACAUGCAGUAAGGCGGGAUGCAAAUGCAUGUGCAAACUAAUCAGUAUUGGGUUUCAAAAAGAUAAUUAAGAGAAAUCAAUUUAAUCAA